AUGGCCGAGCGGGGAGCUCUGUCGCUCCUCUCUCUCCUCUGUCUCACCUUUCUCUACACGGCGACCACCGCGGCAAAGCAUGUCGACAAAGGUUCAGCAGUGCAGCCCUUCAUCCCCUUCUGGUUCACAGUGGAGCCCCAGGACACACUGGCCAUUCGGGGCAGCGCGGCGUUGCUCAACUGCUCGGCCCACAGCGAUGCAGCCACGCCGGCACGCAUAGAGUGGAAGAAAGACGGCACCUUCAUGAGCCUUUCAGACGAGAGACGACACAUACUUCCCGAUGGCACGCUCUUCUUCACCCAUGUGGUCCACUCGAAGCACAAUAAGCCCGACGAGGGCACCUAUCAGUGCGUCGCCACCAUCGACAACCUGGGAUCCAUUUCCAGCCGGACGGCACGCCUUUCUGUAGCAGGGAUGCCCAGGUUUGCCAGCCAGCCAGCACCGACCACUGUGCGUCUAGGGGACAGUCAGGUGGUGGCGUGUGAGGUCAACUCGGAUCUGGUGCCCUUCACCCGGUGGGAGAAAGACCGUCAGCCACUGGAGCCGAGCGCCAGGUUGGUCCAGCUGCCGAGCGGAGCCCUGGUGAUCAGCAACGCCUCGGAGGCCGACGCUGGCCUCUACCGCUGUAUGGUGGAAAACGUGGGCUCGUCCAAGUCCAGCGACGAGGCCCAGCUCCAGAUACUGCCAGAAACUGGAGAAGAGAGGAAGCUGGAGUUCCUGGUGCAGCCCGUGUCUGUGACCAAGGUGGUGGGCGCCAGUGUGCUGCUGCCCUGUGUGGUCGCUGGUUAUCCUGCACCGCAUGUCCGUUGGAUGUUUGGAGACAAGCUGCUACAAGAAAGCGAGGGUCGAGUGGAGGUUCUGGGAGGAGGCAGUCUCCAGAUCUCCAAUCUCACAGAGGAGGAUGCCGGCGUCUACACCUGCAUGGCGGACAAUUCUAACGCCACCAUUGAAGCUCAGGCCCAACUCACAGUACAAGUUCCUCCGCAGUUUGUCAAGCGGCCAGCCAACAUUUAUGCCCACGAGUCCAUGGACAUCGUUUUUGAAUGUGAGGUUUCAGGGUCGCCAGCUCCCACUGUCAAAUGGGUCAAGAAUGGAGAUGCUGUCAUCCCCAGUGACUACUUCAAAAUAAUUAAGGAGCACAACCUGCAGGUUCUGGGUCUGGUCAAGUCAGAUGAGGGUUUCUACCAGUGCCUUGCAGAGAACGAUGCCGGCAACAUCCAGUCCAGCGCCCAGCUCAUCAUCUUGGAUCACGGCUCCGGAGGUGUAGCCAGUCCAGCAGGGCCCACCCCCUCUGCUCCCCGAGACGUCGUGGCUUCACUGGUUUCCACCCGCUUCAUCAAGCUGACCUGGCGCCCCCCAGCUGAACCGCAUGGAGACGAGUUAACCUACUCUGUUUUCUACAGCCAGGAGGGCACGAGCAGGGAGCGAGUAGUGAAUACCAGCCGUCCAGGGGAGAUGCAGGUCACCAUCCAGAAUCUCAUGCCAGACACCAAAUAUCGCUUCAGGGUUGUGGCCCACAACAGCAACGGCCAGGGAGAGAGCUCUACAGCGCUCAAAGUGGCCACCCAGUUUUAAGUCCAAGUGCCCGGCCCUGCUCCAAACCUGCUGGCUGUGUCGAACUCGCCCACCUCUGUCUCUCUGAGCUGGGACAAGCCUCUCACUGGCAACGGAGAGAUCCUCACCUACAAGUUGUACUACACAGACAAAAGCGUCGGCAAUGAAGAGGACAUUGAUAUAGAUGGUCAGUCCUACACCAUGACUGGGCUGAAGAAGAACACAGAAUACAGUUUCCGUGUGGUGGCCAACAACAAGCACGGUCCAGGUGUCUCCACUGAGGACAUCAUUGUUCGUACCCUGUCUGAUGUACCAAGCGGCCCUCCUCAAAACCUCACUCUGGAGGUCCAGAACUCAAAGAGCAUCAUGCUCCGCUGGCAGCCCCCUCCCCUUAACGCCCAGAACGGGGAGAUCACGGGCUACAAGAUCCGAUACCGGAAAGGAUCCCGGAGGAGCGAGGCGGCCGAGACCACCGGAGGCACCCAGCUCAGCAAGCUCAUUGAUGGUCUGGAGCGUGGGACAGAGUACUCCUUCCGGGUGUCGGCCAUGACGGUGAACGGCACGGGACCGGCCACUGACUGGACCACGGCAGAGACGUUCGAGAGCGACCUGGAUGAAUCACGUGUACCAGACCAGCCCAGCUCUCUGCAUGUCCGCCCACUCAUCAAUAGCAUCGUGGUGAGCUGGACGCCGCCAGAGAACCAGGACAUUGUGGUGCGCGGUUACACCAUCGGCUAUGGCAUCGGCAGUCCCCACGCUCAGACCAUCAAAGUGGACUACAAGCAGCGCUACUACACUAUCGAGAACCUUGACCCCAGCUCCCACUAUGUGAUCACACUGAAGGCCUUCAAUAAUGUGGGUGAGGGGAUUCCUGUGUAUGAGAGCGCCAUCACCAGACCACAGUCAGACCCCAUAGACCCCGAUGUUGACCUGUACGAACUCUUCCAUGCUCCAUACACCCCAGUACCAGACCCCUCCCCCAUGAUGCCACCCGUGGGCGUUCAAGCCUCCGUGCUGAGCCACGACACCAUCAAGGUGACCUGGGCUGACAACUCGCUGCCCAAGAACCAAAAGAUCACAGAUAACCGCUACUACACGGUGCGAUGGAAGACCAACAUCCCUGCCAACACUAAAGUGAAGAUGGCCAACACCACCAGCCUGAACCACAUGGUGACGGGUCUGAAGCCCAACACACUGUACGAGUUCUCAGUCAUGGUGACCAAAGGCCGCCGCACCAGCACGUGGAGCAUGACAGCGCAGGGCACGACAUUUGAGACCAUUCCCAGCUCCUCUCCGAAAGACGUGACCGUGGUGAGCAAAGAGAACAAACCUCGCACCAUCAUCGUCAACUGGCAGCCUCCCUCUGAGGCCAACGGAAAGAUCACCGGCUACAUUAUCUACUACAGUACAGAUGUCAAUGCUGAGGUCCACGACUGGGUUAUUGAACCGGUGGUGGGAAACCGUCUGACUCACCAGAUCCAGGAGCUGACGCUGGACACCACCUACUACUUCAAGAUCCAGGCCCGAAACUCAAAGGGCAUGGGCCCCAUGUCUGAGGCCGUAAAUUUCCGCACUCCAAAGACCUCAAAUCUUCUACCGAAGCCAGGGCCUCCGGGCAGCCAAAAUCCGGAUCCUGGAACUUCAGUUGGUAAAUCAGGGGUGGGAAGCAACAGUGAAAAUCACAUCCUGGUCAUUGUCAUCAUCAUCUCAGUGGGAGCCUUCACCAUCAUAGUGGUGGUGGUGGGGGCCUUCCUGUGCACGAGGCGCACCACGUCCCACCAGAAAAAGAAGCGGGCCGCCUCCAAGUCCUCAAACGGCUCCCACAAAUACAAGGGAAACUCCAAAGACCUGAAGCCACCUGAUCUUUGGAUUCACCAUGAACGGCUGGAACUCAAACCCAUGGACAAGUCACCCGAGCCCAACCCAGUCAUGACCGAGACGCCCAUCCCCCGCACCUCGCAGGACAUCACCCCGGCCGACAGCGGCCUGGAGAGCAACCCCCACCUGCAGCAGAGGCGCAACUCCUAUCGUGGCCACGAGUCAGAGGACAGCAUGUCUACACUAGCAGGCCGACGAGGGAUGAGGCCUAAAAUGAUGAUGCCUUUUGACGCACAGCCACCUCAGCCUGUGAUUAGUGCUCACCCCAUCCAUUCCCUUGAUAACCAUCAUCACCAUUAUCACAUGGGCAGCCUGGCGUCGCCAACACGAAGCUACCUCUACCACCAGGGCAGCGGGCACCCACGCCCGCACGCCUGUGCCACCCCCAUCUCCCAUCUAGACAGGGUGGACUCCACAGAGUCGGUGAGGAACACCCCCAAUACAGAACCUAUCCCCCAAGCGACCGCCUCCUCCCAGGUCUCUUGCCCCUCGGAGAUCCUUGCCGACCCUGAGGGCAGCUACCACGGCUCCACCACCACAGAGGAGGAGCCCAGCUACUCCAGCAACCUGCCCCCACACCGCUCAGCCCACCCGCACGCCCACGCCCACCCACUCAAGAGCUUCGCUGUACCAGCAAUCCCAGCCACCAGCCAUCCAUCAUACGAGUCGCCUGCUCUGCCCAGCACUCCCCUGCUCGCUCAGACUGGGCCCCCCACUCACCCCCAUGUUGUUAAAACAGCCUCCAUUGGAACACUAGGAAGGACACGAACACCAAUGGUAGUCACUGUACCCAACGCCCCUGAUGUGCCGGAGACCAGCAAGAUGCUAGAAGAUGUAGACAGCAGCUACGAGCCCGACGAGCUGACCGAGGAGAUGGCCCAUCUCGAGGGCCUGAUGAAGGACCUGAACGCCAUUACCACAGCGCCAUGAGCACGCACACACACCUGCGCACACACAGACACACCUUCUCUGUCGUCCACACAUACAUACACACACACACACACACACACGCUAAAGUCAAACAAACACACCCAAACAUAACCCUUGGGAGCCAGAGGCUAGUGGACACAAAAAUGGCCUCUUGUACCCAAGAAAACUCUCACAUCCCCCUGCAGAGAAAAAAAAAAAAAAACUCCAGACUGAACCUUAGGAACUUUUUCGGCUUACCUUGCUCAGUCUCAGGAAGGAGAUUGCCAUGAGAGGGAAGAAAAGUGAGACGUUCAUCUUUUUAUGAAGAACCAUUCUCAGAGACAAUGAACUUUAAAACAUUGGUCGCUUUCAGCCGGAAGAUUGUGAAUUUUUUUCCUCAGCAAAAAUGCGUACGGUAGGUUUUUUUGUGUGCAAACGCUCACUCAAGAUGAGACAACGGUUGAUUCAAUGUCAAGUCAAAUGGAGAAAGUCCAAAAAUAUGCUGGUUUUGAUGUUGGUGCUCAUGCGACGCAGUCUACACACAGUGUUUGUUUGAUUAGUGUUUUCUUUGUGCAUUUUGUAUAUCUAUUGGGCAGUUUCAGUGAAGUGAACAUUGGAUAUCAGCCUCCCUUUACAAGCCUACAUUAUUCAUAAACAUGGUCAUUUUUUUUUUGUUUUUACCCCCAUGUGUCAUAAAUUGUGCCAUGACUUUUUAUUAUUUUCUAUGUUAUUGUAUUAUUUUUUUUACACACAUAUCCUUAUAAACAUGUACAUAUGUUGUUUUUUUUAAACUGCCUCAUUCUUUUGAUGUUUCCCAUUGUUUCAUUAUUAUUAUUUGGGAUGAAAGUGGGAUUACAAAUGAGUCCUGAAGCUCAGUUUUCAUAUCAACAGGAGAGAGAAGCCUGAUGUGUUUCUACAGUACAUUCUUCUCUGGCAUUGUGUUGCCCCCUUUGUACAUUAAAAUGUCUUCUUUUUCAGUCUUUUUGUUUCUUGUGGGAGCUCCGUUUUAAAAGCCUUACCAACGUGUUUGUAUGUUGGACGGUCGAGACGACUCGGCCCUCCACCCUCGGAGUCACUCGCUGCCAUGGCAGUUUAUGUAUCGUUCUGUGGGACUUGACCGUGUCUCCUCACAGGUCUGAGGUACCUAGGACUCAGGGCGCUGACCCCCACCCCUCCUAAAAAAAAACAAAACAAAAAAAACAAAAAAAAAACAUAAAUAAAAAACCUCACAUGGCACUCAAUCAAUCAGUCACCUGCAACAGACAAGUUAUCUUUUAUACGAGAAGUUCAAUCGAAUGUGUGUGUCAUUUCCAAAAACCAAUAUUUGGUUUCAGAAUAUCUGUAAUGCUGAACCACGUGUGCAUUUUAACCACAGUGGAGUGUGUUUGCUGUUUUUUCCUGCUGGUCUUCAUCAAAUGCCACGCCCUGGUUCUUUUACAAAUCUUAUACGAUGCAAAGAUGUUGGCCUUUUGAAUGGGACUCCCAGAUUUUUUUUUACAUGGUAGGUUUUGUAUGAAGUAAAAAAAAAAAAAAAGAAGCUUGUUCUAUACACAA